UGCUACGUACAUUCGUAUAUGAAAAGCAAGAUAAGACGUUCUAGCAUUGUCUGAUUGCAGUCUAUCAAAGAAUCUUUGCUGUUUCAAUUAACACGAUGAGGAUAUCAAAUGUAUACGUUACCUCUGUGUAUGUCAUAUACAUCAUGCCGGUAGUUAUCACAGGAAUAUUUACAGAGAAUGUUUGUAAAUUUGAUCAGCGAUGUAAAUGUUCUAAUUUGAGUAUUGCAGUUUAUUGUGAUCAUAAAAACAUUACUAACGACAACAUCCCUCAUUUUCCAAAAGAAGUACAUAAACUUUUUAUGAGAUUUAAUAAAGUAAUGAUAAUUCCACCAACAACAUUCAAUCAUUUAGAAACUCUAAUCGAGUUGGAUUUAUCUUGGAAUAGGCUUUCAUAUAUAGAAGAAGGAACAUUUUAUGGUCUGUCAAGUCUUAAGACAUUAUCUAUUAAAGGAAAUUGUUUGAAUUACAGUUUAGAGAUACCAAACGAUAUUUUCAAACCAUUGGUGUCGUUAACACACUUGAAUGUAGCGCGAAAUAUGUUGUUCUAUACAGAUAGAGAGUUUCACACUUUUCCAAGCGUUUUCCUUACAUCUCUAAAUAAAUUACAGAGUAUAGAAGUAGAUGCAGGACACCCAUCUUUAUUGUUUAGAUUUUCAAACAGAUAUUUAUCAUUAACGCAUCUUACAAGGUUGAAAAUAGAUUUUUGUUGGUUGCCUUCUGUGACCAAUUUAACGUUUCUCUAUCUUCCCUAUCUUGAAUAUAUUGAAAUGACAAACUGUAAAAUACAAAACUAUGACGUUGGGACAUUGCCAAAAAAGAAGAAAAUUAGAUAUUUAGACAUUUCGCAUAAUAGGCUUAAUGAUGAUAACCUAUUGACACUAAUGCAAGAUUUGUUAUUACAUGAUGAAUUACAAGUUUUGAAAAUGACAAACUCCUUUCCACUUGUACUAGAUUAUAAUCCAGCAUAUUUAACUAGUCAAUUAAUCGAAACGAAAAUAGAGGAAAUUUAUCUAAAUAAUAACAGUUUUAUCGAAAUUGAUGGUGACGAAAAGAAUUUUAUGCUACCUACUACAUUGAAAGUGUGUGAUUUUUCAAAUAACAAACUUGGGAAGUUCUAUUUCGGAAUGCCCUACUUGUCGACAUUAAACUUACGAAAUAACUCACUAGGUGCAUACCUUUCAUCGGAAAGAUAUACUAAUUCUAGUAAGACUGAACUCAGGAAAGUUGAUAUAUCUAAUAAUCUUAUAUAUGAUUUAUCUUACUCUAUGUUUCACGGACAUGUAAAAACAGUUAAAAUUAAUCUAAGCAAGAACAAAUUAACAGAUGUUACUUUUGAUCUUUCUCAUCUCGUUAGUUUAAAAGAACUUGAUUUAUCUAGUAACAACAUCGGUGGCAUAUCUUCACAAGCAUCUAUGGAUACAUUACACAAAUUGUCCAAACAGUUGAAAAUCGACCUGUCGAACAUUUUAUUUAAUUGCAGCUGUAAAAAUCUGUAUUUCCUACAAUGGAUGAACGCGAAUGUGGAUAUGUUCAUAUUCAAGCAUAAAUAUACCUGCCGGUUUGAUAACAAUGACGUAGUUUAUCUGACAAAUGUUAAUGAUAUUGUUAAACAACUUGAAAAGGAGUGCAGUUCACAUACCACUUUAAUCAUUUGUGUAACUAUAGGUGUCAAUACAGCUUUAGUAAUUCUUUUUGCCGGGUUGAUGUUCAGAUUUCGAUGGAAGCUACGUUAUCUGUAUUAUAUGACUAGACAUAAAUACGAUGUUUUUAAAAGUAUUCAAUCUAGCCCUAAUUACAAAUAUGAUGCAUUCAUAUCGUAUGCAAAUGAAGAAACCGAUUUCGUUGUGAAUGACAUUAUAAGAAACUUAGAAAGUGAUGACAACAUGAAACUAUGUGUACAUCAGCGGGACUUCAUUCCGGGAGAAGAAAUUACACAAAAUAUUACCAACGGAAUUCACCAAAGUAAGAAGACAAUAUGCAUAUUAACGCGAUCAUUUCUAGAUUCAUACUAUUGCAUGUUUGAAUUCAAUAUGGCUAGAAUGGAGAGUAUAUAUUCAAGAGAUGGUCAAAAUAUUCUCUUUCUGAUCUUCUAUGAACAACUUCGCCCACAAGAUCUACCGUUAGUCAUUCUGGAGUUAGUUCAAAAGCAAUCGUACAUCGAGUACCCAAAUGAUGAACAAGGGAAUAUUGUUUUUUGGGAGAAAAUAAAGGAAUCUUUAGUUUAAUCUUGAUAAUAUAAACAGAAUACUUUAGCUUGACAAAGUGUUUUCCAACAGAAAUCUGUAUUUUAAACUUCUUUGGAUAUUAUAUGCGUACUAUCGGAAUCCAUCUGAACAAAAUCUAGGAGUUUGGUGUGAUCUUUAAUCUAAUUGAUAUAGACAUUUUUAUGAUAUAUAACACCAGUGAAUUAUUCUUUUACUCGUAUGAUAUUUAAGAAUAGUAACUCUGCAUUUUCAUUUUAACAAUUUGCUUAAUAAAAAAAAAAUGUUACAAAUCAAGGUCGAUAAAAGCAAGGCCAACGACUGCACAACACAAAAAGUGUAUUGAUUUUGACAAAAUAUUACCCUGGAUAUAUAAUAUAUCUUACAAAACAUACAAUAACAUAAGUCAGUGCAGGUACGAAAGACACUUUCAAUAGAUAGGUGUGAAUAAAAAAGAGUACUACGACAUCAUUGUUGUUGUGAUGGGGUGUCUGGUUGUUUGAAAAACAAAGACAAUGCUUAUUUUUUUUCUAAAAUUUAGUUUGAAUGAAUUUAGCAGUUAUGAUUUGCAUAAACAAAACGUUAUACUGGUAUCCUAUGUAUUUGCAUAAAUCGGCGGUAUAAGUUACUGAAUCACAAAGUGUUCAGCAACUUCUUUAUGUAAAACAAUAUAACUGUAUUCAACAGAAAGAUACAAGAUUGAUCUUUUAAACCAUUAAUUUGAAAGUUUAUUAUUUUUAUUUAUUAACAUGAACAUGUGACGCAUAAACAUACGUUUUUGAACGCACUACUAUGCAGCGUAGAAAAAUUGUAAAUGAAAUAGUCAUAAAGACAUUGUUACUGUCGUUUCAUCUAAACAACAAAAAGAGUGCGCCCAUGUUAUACUCAAUUUUUAUCUUCACGUAUUUGAUGU